CCGUGAUUCGACGGCAUCUCGCAUGCCUGUGUGCGCCUUAUCGUCUCAUCGGUCGAAUUUGAAGGGAGCUCUCAACGAUGAAGAGCAUACUGCAGAGCGUAGGCGGAAAUCGUGUAAAGCGGCGGUUAUCCUUCGCCGCCAAUGUCAAGCCUCCAGUCGACGACGACGUCCCAACGGAAAUUAGCAGGCAGCAGUUCCCGGCACCCUCCAUGCCAACCGGGCCGCGGGACCCUGGCGGCAUUCUCAGCUCCCUUCAGCCAGUCGAUACCAUACCAUCGGAACCUGCACCCCCCGUGAAUAUGGGUCCUCUCAUAGCGCCAGGAGCAGUAGGGAGCCCACAACCUGCCACGAACCAGCAGCCACAACGCAGCAAGCUCAGCCCGACGACUAAAAUAGUUAUUACGCGAGAUCAGGGCAUGCUGGACUGUUUCUGCUGCGACGUCGACAACGAAUGGAGUAGCACUGUCCGCCUAUGCGCCUGUGGUGGCAUAGUCCUCGGCGUGCUGCUGAUUGCUACUUUCAUUAUCGGGUUCCUCUCGGGAGUCUCCGAAGCAACCUCGGCAACGACAGGACUGACUUCAACGGUGCAAGUUAACAAUAGUGAGCUGUUCAGCGUUGGUCCCGCGGGUGAACUCGAGUCUGCCUUCUAUGCGGAUAGAGAAGACCCAAAUAACCCGGCAACGCCCAGCAGCUAUGAAGACCAGACCAGUUCUGGUGCAUGACCACGGUAUCCUUCACGCUGACGCACCAGUCUUGUGAUGUCUCGGGAUCGCUAUGAUAAAGGCAUAUUGGAAUCGUUCAUGUUUAUCAUUAAAGCGUGCUACAAGUGA